UUUAUAAUUGCUUUUGAUUUGAUUUCUGCAACUUGUUCAAGUCUUCCUUCUCUGACCCUUGGUUGACUUCUUUAGGUAAACCCCUUUCUGAUCUCUUCUUUACCCGUUUCUUUAAUCGUCCCUUCGAUCUUCUUCAAACCGUCGGGUUUAUGAACUGAUUCACUGUUACUGAUUUCAUUGCAAUGUUAAGCUUCCAUCCUCUUUUAUUUGUAAAAGUUCUAGAAGAAGAGUGUAUCCUCGUUUUCAUGUGUUGUUAGCAACAAGAGUCUAUGGGUUGUUGUAAGGUGCCAGCUCUUAUUCAGGCGCAGGUUGAAAUGGUUUUGGUUAAUGAUGUUGAGCACAAAAGCCUUUUCAGACGAGAAACUGAUUCCCCUCAAAGAAAAGCAUCUUCCUUGAUGGAACAAGGAUCACUUUCUCCAAGUUUUCGCGAACGUGCGACUAAAACACCUAACAACAGUGUGCUCCAGAGCUUCAAGAUCGUUAUUUUGUCUAAUAAGCUCAAUCUUUUGUUGCCUUUUGGUCCUCUAGCUAUACUACUCCAUUACUUGACAGAUAAUAAGGGAUGGAUCUUCUUACUGAGCUUAGUAGGCAUCACACCAUUAGCUGAACGUCUCGGAUAUGCCACAGAGCAAUUGGCUUGUUACACGGGUUCAACUGUUGGAGGCCUUCUAAACGCUACGUUUGGAAACGUGACAGAGCUGAUCAUAUCGAUUUUCGCUCUCAAAACUGGAAUGAUACGUGUUGUACAGCUGACACUGCUCGGCUCGAUCCUUUCUAACAUGUUGCUUGUACUUGGCUGCGCCUUUUUUUGUGGUGGGCUUGUAUAUUCCCAGAAAGAGCAAGUCUUUGACAAAGGAAACGCCGUUGUGAAUUCAGGAUUGCUUUUGAUGGCUGUCAUGGGGUUACUCUUCCCCACAGUUCUUCAUUACACGCACAGUGAGGUUCAUGCUGGGUCAUCAGAGCUUGCUCUCUCAAGAUUCAGCAGUUGCGUAAUGCUCGUUGCCUAUGCUGCUUACCUCUUUUUCCAGUUGAAGAGCCAGCCGAGUUCUUAUACUGCUCUUACGGAGGAAACAAGCCAGGACGAAGAAUCUUCAGACGAUGAUGAAGAUCCUGAGAUCUCCAAGUGGGAAGCUAUCAUCUGGCUUUCAAUCUUGACGGCUUGGGUCUCUCUUCUUUCCGGCUAUCUUGUUGAUGCCAUAGAGGGUGCUUCGGUGUCAUGGAAGAUACCAAUCUCUUUUAUCAGUGUCAUCUUGCUUCCUAUAGUUGGGAAUGCGGCUGAGCAUGCAGGAGCUAUUAUGUUUGCCAUGAAAGACAAGCUGGACCUGUCUUUGGGAGUGGCUAUUGGAUCCUCCAUUCAGAUUUCUAUGUUUGCGGUUCCUUUCUGUGUGGUGAUCGGAUGGAUGAUGGGUGCACAAAUGGACCUAAAUUUCCAGCUAUUUGAGACGGCUACACUGUUUAUAACUGUUAUUGUUGUAGCAUUCUUUCUCCAGGAAGGGACAUCGAAUUACUUCAAAGGGUUGAUGCUUAUACUUUGCUAUUUGAUAGUCGCUGCUAGUUUCUUCGUACACGAAGAUCCUCGUCAAGAUGAUAUAUAAACCAACAGAAAGAAC